AUGACUUCCGACAUCAAGCCGUACAAGAUCGCGGUCCCCGACUCAAAGAUCGAGGAACUUCACGCCAAGCUCGACAUUGCCAAAUUCCCUCCAGAUUUCGCACUCACUGAUAGCUGGGACUAUGGUUCCCCGGUCUCAGAGGUGAAGAGACUGGUCCAGUACUGGCGCAACGGCUUCGAUUGGCGCGCGGCAGAGGCCAAGCUGAAUGAACUGCCGCAGUUCACGACGACGAUCACAGUGGACGGCUUCGGCGAUCUCGAGAUUCAUUUCCUUCAUCAGAAAAGCCAACAGCCUGGAGCUGUGCCGCUGCUUUUCUCUCACGGAUGGCCCGGUAGCUUCCUCGAGGUUCUCAAAAUCCUCCCGCUGCUGACGACGGAGAAGAACGGUCUGUCUUUUGAUGUCGUGGCGCCGUCGCUUCCCAACUUUGGGUUCUCGGAGGGUCCGGAUAAACCAGGUUUCCGCCUACCUCAGUACGCCGAGGUCAUGCACAAAGUGAUGCUGAAGCUCGGCUACGAGCAGUAUGUCACCCAAGGAGGUGAUUGGGGUUUCGGAAUCACACGUUUCAUGGGCCUGCUCUACCCGGACCACGUUCUCGCAUCCCACAUCAACAUGGUCUCCGCCAGCCCGCCGUCCUUCUUCAAGAACCCGCUGCAGUACAUAAAGAACCUCUUCCCGUACUCGGAGAAGGAGAAGAAGGGCAUCGAGCGGGGCCAGUGGUUCCAGAGGGAAGGGUUCGGGUACAACCUCGAGCAGAGCACCAAGCCCGCGACGCUGGGCCUCGCGUGGGCCGACUCGCCCGUGGCGCUGCUGUCUUGGAUCCUCGAGAAGCUGCACGACUGGACCGAUUCGUACCCUUGGACCGACGACGAGCUCCUCACCUGGAUAUCCGUCUACCAGUUCUCGACGGCCGGGCCCGAGGCCAGCGCGCGGAUUUACUACGAGGUUGCGCACCCGGAGAGGCAUACGGAGCACGUCAGAUGGGUCCCGCGGGUGAAGCUCGGGUUGUCCAUCUUCCCCAUGGAUCUAAUUGUUCCGCCAAUGAGCCAUGCCAAGACGUUGGGUCCUGUUGUUUUUGCUGUCACGCAUGGUGAUGGUGGACAUUUUGCUGCUCAUGAGAGGCCUGAGAUUUUGGCCAAGGAUUUGAGGGAGAUGUUUAGCAAGGGUGGUGGUGCGCAUGAUGUUGCGGAGGUGUUGUCGAAGCAAAGUCUUCGUUCCAAAUUGUGA